GGCCCGGCCCAUCGCCGGGCGGGGCGGGGGGCGCAGGGAGGCGGCGGCGGCGGCCCCGGGCAGCGGCACCGCCCCGGCCCCGGCCCGCUGCGCUCCGCGCCCGCUCCGCGCCAUGCCCGGCUCCAUGUACCAGCCCGAGCCCGGGCAGCCGGCCCGCGGCCCGCCGCGCUGCCUCACCCUGCUCAGCCCGCCGCCGCCAGCCGGGCAGGACCCGCCGCCGGAGCCGGAGCCCGGGCGGGAGCGGGAGGGGCCGCCGGGGCCGCCGGCGCAGGGCGAAGCGGCCGCCCUGAGGUUCGCCCUGGACCAGCUCUCGCUGCUGGGGCUGGAGGGCGCGGAGGAGCCGGCGGGGGGCGCGGGGCCGGGCGGCCUAAGGGAGCGGGAGCGCGGCGGCGGCUCCCCGGUGCCGGCCCCCGCCCCGGCCGCGGGCGCCUUCGGCAGCCUGGCCCCGCCGCUGGGGCCGCCCGCGCUGCUGCCCGAGCCGCCGGCGAGCAGGAAGAAGAGCGUGAACAUGACCGAGUGCGUGCCCGUGCCCAGCUCCGAGCAUGUCGCCGAGAUCGUGGGCCGGCAAGGCUGCAAAAUCAAAGCCCUGCGUGCCAAGACCAACACGUACAUCAAGACCCCCGUGAGGGGCGAGGAGCCCGUGUUCAUCGUCACUGGCAGGAAGGAGGACGUGGAGAUGGCCAAGCGGGAGAUCCUCUCGGCCGCCGAGCACUUCUCCAUGAUCCGCGCCACGCGCAACAAAGUCAACGGGCUGACGGGGGCCCUGCAGGGGCCCCCCAACCUGCCAGGCCAGACCACCAUCCAGGUGAGGGUCCCCUACCGCGUGGUGGGGCUGGUGGUGGGACCCAAGGGCGCCACCAUCAAGCGCAUCCAGCAGCAGACGCACACCUACAUCGUGACGCCCAGCCGGGACAAGGAGCCCGUGUUCGAGGUGACAGGCAUGCCCGAGAACGUGGACCGGGCGCGCGAGGAGAUCGAGGCGCACAUCACCAUGAGGACAGGCUCCUUCAUCGACGUCAACGCCGACAACGACUUCCACUCCAACGGCACCGAUGUCUGCCUCGAGCUGCAGGGCGGCGCGGCCGCGCCGUGGGCCAAGGCCCCACACCCCGCCCAGCGCCCCUCGGCCGCGCUGCGCAACGACAGCCUCAGCUCCCUGGGCAGCGGCUCCACCGAGUCCUUCUACAGCGGGCGCGUGGCGGCCGCCAGCCCCACCAGCCCCUACAGCACCUUCAGCGAGCCCCCGGCCCCGCUGGGCUCCGACGAGUGCGACUUCGGCUUCGACUUCUUGGCCCUCGACCUCACCACGCCCACCACCACCAUCUGGUCGCCCUUCGAGCGCUCGGGCAACCCCCUGCAAGCCUUCAGCAGCUGCUCCUCCAUCAGCAGCUCGCAGAGACGCAACAGCGGCCCGGCCACGCCGCGCCACUCGCCCACCCUGCCCGAGAGCGGGGCGGCGGGGCUGGAGCACCCCUCGGCGCGGCGCAUCCCCAGCGACCCCGCCGGCGCCCUGGCCUGGCUGCCUGCCCAGGGCUCGCUCUCCUCCUUCUCCAACAGCACCGGCUACUCCUCCUCCUCCUCGCUGCCCGGCAGCAUCUCGGCCGCCUCGGGCUCGCCCACCGACUCCAGCAGCUCCGACGGGCACCGCAAGAGCUCCCGGGAGUGCAUGGUGUGCCUGGAGAGCGAGGUGAUGGCCGCGCUGGUGCCCUGCGGCCACAACCUGUUCUGCAUGGAGUGCGCCCUGCGCAUCUGCGGCCGGGCGCAGCCGCAGUGCCCCGCGUGCCACGUGCCCGCCACCCAAGCCAUCCACAUCUUCUCCUAGCCCGGAGGCUGGCCCGGCGGCCCCCACCCUCCACCCCACCACCACGGCGUUUUAAGGACUUUCUACUGUUUAAAUCGAGCUUUUUAUUUAAUAACAGAUCCGGCGGGCGCACGGGGUGGGGAGGGGGGAGAGGCG